UCUUCCUUUGUGAACAUUAACUCAUCACUCAAUCUCCUUCCCACUACACGCGUAGCUUAGAGAGAGAAAGCAUGAUUGCUAAGGGAGAGUUCAAUGUAAGAGUGACGAAGAAGGAGGCGGUGGCGGCGGCGCUGCCAAUGCAACACCAUUGGCUGCCGCAGUCCAACCUCGACUUGCUGCUGCCGCCGCUCACCUUCGGCGUAUUCUUCUGUUACCAAAAGCCUACGCCCAAAUUCACGUUUUUUGGUUCCAUCUCCGGCGUUCUCAAAGCGGCGCUGGCGGAGGCCUUGGUCUCCUACUAUUCCCUCGCCGGCGAAGUGGUGCAGAACGCCGGCGGCGAGCCUGAGGUUCUCUGCAACAACCGCGGGGUGGAGUUCGCCGAAGCGGUGGCGGAUGUGGAGCUCAGUGAACUGAACCUGUACAACCCGGACGAGAGUGUCGAAGGGAAGCUCGUUCCCGGCAAGAAACACGGCGGCGUUCUUGCCGUCCAGGUUACAGAACUGAAAUGCGGCGGAGUGGUGGUGGGCUGUUCCUUUGAUCACCGGGUGGCGGAUGCUUACUCAGCCAACAUGUUCCUCGUAUCAUGGUCCGAGGUAGCUCAGGCCAAGCCGUUGUCUCAGCUCCCCUGUUUCCGGAGGUCCUUUCUCUUUCCUCGCCGUCCCGCCCACUACGAUCUUUCCGUCGACGCCAUGUAUACGCUAAUCUCAUCCCUGCCGCCGCCGGCAGCGGCGGCGGAGCCCGAAGCCCUCCAAACUGAUGAACAAAGCGUGAUAAGUCGCAUAUACUAUAUAGAGUCGGAAGAAAUCCUCCGCAUCCAAUCACUAGCCAAUUCCCAGAAAGGCAGCGCAAAGAUUAAUCAUAGGAUUACAAAGCUGCAAGCGUUCUCGGCCUUCUUAUGGAAAACAAUUGCCGCCGGAAUAAUGUCCCGUAAAGAUUACAGCUUCAAGAAUUUCAAACUGGGGGUUGUGGUUGACGGGAGGACCAGAUUGAGCGACGGAGAUGAACUGUUAAAGGGUUACUUCGGGAACGUUCUUUCGAUCCCAUUUGGCGACAGAAAAAUGGAAGAUUUGCAGGAAAAGCCGUUGAAUUGGGUGGCAAAUGCGGUGAGAGAGUUCUUGGAGGAAGCUGUGACGAGGGAACAUUUUCUUGGACUGAUUGAUUGGGUGGAAGCCCACCGUCCCAAACCGGCCUUGGCGAAAAUAUACGGCGGCGGCGAGGGGCCGGCGGUGGUGGUGUCAUCAGGGCAGCAGUUUCCGGUGAGAAAGAUUGAUUUUGGAUGGGGGAAACCGGCGUUCGGAUCGUACCAUUUUCACUGGGGAGGAGAAGCCGGUUACGUUAUGCCGAUGCCGAAUCCGAAAGGGAAUGGAGAUUGGAUAGUUUAUAUGCAUCUGCAAAAAUGGCAAGUGGAGUUGAUAGAGGCUCAUGCAUCUCAUGUAUUUAAGCCGGUCACCUCUGAAUAUCUUGGUUUCAUUUGAUUUGAUCUGUAUUAUAUGCUAGCUGGUUAAAUUACUGGAUGAUAGAAUUUCUGAUUCUGGUUCUUCAUCAAGAACUGGAAUUGAAUAGCCUCUGUGAUGUCAAUUCAAACUCUCAUCCAUCUGUAAUUGCCUGGAAAGUUAUGUUUAAA